UGUCCCUGCCCAUGGCACUGGGUGAACUUUAUGUCCCUUCCAACCCAAAUCAUUUGGGGGUUCCAUGGUUAGGAGCUGAGUUAUCAGGCUACCACCCUCCAUAGGGCUGAAUCCACACGUGUACACACACACAGCAGAUUCCUGAGGUAUUUUUUUCCCUACAGCACGGUUCUGAAGGUGUCCCUUUUCAUUGUUCUGGCAGAAUGACAAGAGGAAGCAGCAGAAUUGCCCGGGUUUCAUUCCUGGAGUGUGUGACCCUCCCUUUUUUUUAAACAGUAGUCCAAGCAACAGGAAAGACAAAAGACAUUCCUUUAAAUCCUUGGUCAAAGAGGACAGGAAAUACCUUUCCUUAGUCCAAAUUCUCCUGCUGGGUGAGAGUCAAGUGCGGGGCUUUCAAGUCCAAAGAUUCCUUUUGGGAUGAGUCCUCACUCCGGGGAAAACAGGAUUUGUUUGUGAAUGCUUUGAAACGAUUGAAUUUUACAGGAAGGUUCUUUAUCUGGUGCUCUUGGAUGAUAAUGAGUAUUUUGUGUUGGAGCUGACUCCUGCUGAUUCCUCCUCUGGAAGGGCUGAUCAAAGGCCACCAGCAGCAGAUGAGCCUCAGCUCAGGCCUCUAGAGCUGGAAGCAGAGAUCCAGGAAGCCCCAGCGACAUGGGAGACACUUCCCCUCCUUCCCCCGGGCUCUGCCCGUGCCAGGAAUUUAAACAGGACCCAGUUCCCAGGGCCAAGAGGUUGUCAGAUUGUGCAGUGCAGGUUCAGGCCCUGCAGUCAGCUAAGAAAGCCUGUGUGCUGAGCCGUGGCUGCAGCACUCCAGAUCCAGCAGGGAAUCCUCCAUUCCCUUCCCCAGGCUCUGGCUGCUCCCUUGUCCUGGAUGAGAGUGGCCACGAUGACCUUGCUGCCAGUUUUUCUGUGUCCAAGUACAACGACGUGGCCAUUUCCCUGGACAUCAGCAGGUGUUUUGACAACAGCGAGCUGGAUGAUUCCCUGCUGGAGCUGUCAGGCAGUGAGAAAGGGAAUUCUCCCUUUGAUUACACCGAGGAAGAGAUCCAGGAAAUCUUGGCAGAUGAUUCCGUGGAUGCUGAGCAGCAGCACCUCGCUGGUGAAAGCCACCUGAGCCAAAAUGCGAGUGGAGAGAGCGGCAAAGCUGAGAGCGGCAAAGCCGAGAGCAGCAGCUGCACUGCGGGGACGUCGGUCAGUGAGGCGGCCUCAGAGGUCACAGAGGAACCAAAGGAAGCCCAGGAGCAUCCCUCAGGCAGUUCUGGGUGUGAUCCUGGCUUUCUGAGUGGCAGUGCUGCUCUGGAUGGGGCCCAGGUGCAGCAAGAGCUGGACCUUGACCUGCAGGAGCUCCUGAGCCUGUUCGCUGCCACCUGCUCCGAUGAGGCUCUGGAGGACAAUUACCUGGGAGAGAUGGAAGCUUUGGAAGCAAUGAUAGAUGAUUGCUUGAAUUCUACAGCUGCUGGGAGCUGCAUUCCCAAAGAAUCCUCGGAAGGGGUGAUGCCUAAAGGCCAGCAAAGCCUGGCUCAGGAUUGUUCAGGACGAUCUGUGCCCUCUUCCGACCUUCCCCAUGGCCAGAGCAAGGGGGAUGAGAGUCCAGCAUCUGUGCUGCCAUCAAACAAAGAACUUGCCAAAGCAACAACGAGCUGUUCCUCAAGGAAAUCAGGCUCUCCAGAGGGUGCUGAAGGGGAAUCCACAGGAGCUGAGCAGCCAUCAGGCAGCACUAAAACAGCCGUAGGCCAGACUGGGCAGGAAGAGACAACCAGUGGGAAGAAAAGUGACCAAGUAAUUCCUGUCCCACAGAAGGACGAAAAAAGGCCAAAACCACGGACCUGCAUUUCAGAAGUGCAACCUGAGCAAAAGAAACGUUUCUCUCCAGGCUGUGCCAAUCCCAAUGAGGAAAAGUGUGGCUAUUACCUCAGGACUCCAUCAGGAACUCUCCUUGAGGCUUGGUGUGCUUGCUAAAGGUUUUGGAUGCUUUUAAAAAUUUUAUCAGACUUCUCACAACCUGGCAGAAACCUGAUAAGUUAUUUCCUUGGAUCUCCCUGGAAUCAAAGGGAGAGGAGGAUGAGGAAAUACCUUAUAAAGGGGCACAAACCAUCUGGUCCUACUGUAAUAACAAAGAUCAAUAUCUUAAAAAAAAACCCCAGACACCGUGUUUGAGGUGAUGGAAAGGGAGAGCAGUGUCAGGGAACAUUUGGAGAAACAGAUCUGUGAAAUACAAAUGAACUCUUUGCUUUCAGACUCAGCCUUGAAAGACUCUGGUCUCUUGAUUGAUGCUGAGCUGGCUGAGGGGGGAAAAAAAAACCCCAAACCUUAAUCUUGAAGCAGUUUUUACCUGCCCAACUUAAUUUUGCUUGGCUGGAGAGCAGGCAGGGAAGGUGCAGGGCUGGGGCUGUGCUGACAUGAAGGAGGAAUUACAUUUAGUGGCUGAGCUCAGGAGGGAGAUUUCACUUCAAAGCAAAUGAAAUCCACCUCCAAACCCUAAACUUCAAGAGCUGUGGGAUGGGGUAGGAAUUGAUAAAGCAGAUUUCUAGGUUUGUGGGGAGAAGAUGCUGGGUUCAGAGUGUGAUCCUUCUGGUCCGGGGGCUUCUCGAGUGGCAAAGCUGAAAUAAUCAGAGCUCCUGAUUUCUAAAUGAGUGGAAUUUACCUGAAAACCUCAUCUCACAUCUGUAGUUUGGUCUGAACUGUUUUGGAAGGAAUGAGGAUGUGCCCAAGGAGAAAGAACUCAGAAUGUUUGAAGCACUAUUCCAUGGCAGCUCAGUUUAUCUGGCCCCCUUUCCUCAGGCCAAAAGGAGGCCUGAGGUAGAUGGUGAGGCACUGGGAUAAGUUUCUCCAAAUAUUUGGUGGGAUUGGUCUGCCCCUGGGACUUCCCCUCUUGGAGAGGAGCUGAAAUCUUUCCUGGAAUGAGGCACUGUGAAAGUUUGUCCAACUCCUGAAAGGUUCACCCCUGGCAGUAGGAAAUGUUCCCUCUGUUUUUAUGACCUGUUUCACCUCUGACUCCAAAUAAGGGAGGGAACUGAGAUGUAGGAAGGCUCAAAAUCUGUAAAAAAGUUGUGAUUUCUUCUGCACUCAUUGGAGACAAUGGGAACUGCUGUGUAGGAUGAGAGUUUGCCUUGGAGAACCUCCCUUCCUCCCAAACAAUCCACGGAUUUCUCAAGAACACCUCUAAAAAUCCCUUCUAGAAGUACCAAUUUUUGGCCAGGAGUUGGGUAAAUAGGAGCUGAUCCUGCAGUUUCUGAAAGAGACCCGGGAUUGCUCAGGAAUCCUGGGAAGGAGCUGUGAUUCACAUCCAUCACAUGACUGCAGUGGCAGCACGGCAAAACCUUGGAGUUUGGACUGGGCAAGGACACGCUCUGUGCUCUGCUGAGAGCCCCUGGGAAAGCUGGACUUCAGCAAGGGCAAUAUUCCAGGGAAUUGGCCUUUCCCUGAGCUCUGCUGCCUGUUCUGAGUGGAAUCCAGACCAAGCUGGAGCCCUUCUGGUCCCUGCCUGUUCUUGCUGAGCAGCUGCUGUGAAAAUAAAACUCUCUGUGCUGUC